AGCGCUGUCCGCACGAACGCAAGAUGGCUGCCAAUUUAUGUGAACGCAAGGACAGACAGAAAAGUGAUAUCCGUUUGUGAUAUUUCGUUUAUAUUUGUGAUAAUAACUUUUUACAUAUUAUCUUAUGUUUGUGUAUGUGCUUAUUAUAAGUUGAAGUGCAAUAUGUUAUGAGUUUUGUGUGGUCAUAAAGUCGUUUGUGGAAUCCUAUUUCGGAUGUUAAUACAAAAAUAAUCGUUGGAAUUGUGAUUAUUUAUGCAGUGAUACAACUAUACGGAUCGUUAUGACGCUUGUUGUUGGAUGAUAACUGUUGUUAACCUGAGGCAUGGAGAAGGCCAAGGCUUACAUAAAGAGCUCGCUGAGCGCGAAGCCGGCGUCGCCGUCGCCGUCGCGCGAGAAGCCGUCGGCGGCGGGCGCGCACGACGACGCGCGCAUGUGCUUCGUGUGCGGCGGCGGCGGCUUCAGCGACCACUACACCGUCAGAGUGAAGCCUGAUCCACAGAGCUCGGAGCCAUACUUCCCGUUCCUGGGUGCGCACGCGCCGCCGACCGGGUACCGAGCCGACGGCGACGAGGACGGCACCGUACGCUGCUGUUGCGUGUGCUACACGUUCCUGCGGCAGCAGUGGGAGCAGUACGACAGGGAGAACAAGCCGCACAACCAACGCUUCUACUGGAUGAAGAGGCUCGACGGGAAACCUUUCAUCGGUGCAGACAUGACGUUCCAGGGCGAGUACGCGGCGCAAGUGUUCGGUCUGUCGUCGGAGGCGCCGGCGCGGGACGAGCCGCCCGCGGCGUCCCCGCGGCCCACCUCGCGCGCGCCCUACACCGGCGACCCGGCGCCGCCCGCUUCCUCGCCAUACCGGAAGGACGACAAGGACACCAAUCACGUCAACAAGUUUGUCAAUCAGCGGUACGGCGUGUCCGGGGCGGGCGGCGCGGGCGGCGGCGAGGAGGAGGGCGUGCUGGACCUGCGCGCGCGCGACCCCUCCGUCAUCUCCGUGGGCUCGCAGCACUCCGGCGCCUCCGAGCCCGCCGGGUACCUCGACGCUGUCAGAUCAACGGUGUCGGUGUACUCGGGCAACUCUAACUCAAGUUCCGACCGCGACAUCCUGGACCUGUCGAUGCCGGACAAGAACUCGAUGACGGAGGUGUGCUACGUGUGCGGCGACGAGUACAAGCGCGGCACGCUCUACAACCUGCACACCAAGGAGCCCAAGGAUAAGUCGGUCAGUACUACAGCAUGUCUUACGGUCGACAUCCUGGACCUGUCGAUGCCGGACAAGAACUCGAUGACGGAGGUGUGCUACGUGUGCGGCGACGAGUACAAGCGCGGCACGCUCUACAACCUGCACACCAAGGAGCCCAAGGAUAAGUCGGUCAGUACUACAGCAUGUCUUACGGUCGACAUCCUGGACCUGUCGAUGCCGGACAAGAACUCGAUGACGGAGGUGUGCUACGUGUGCGGCGACGAGUACAAGCGCGGCACGCUCUACAACCUGCACACCAAGGAGCCCAAGGAUAAGUCGGUCAGUACUACAGCAUGUCUUACGGUCGACAUCCUGGACCUGUCGAUGCCGGACAAGAACUCGAUGACGGAGGUGUGCUACGUGUGCGGCGACGAGUACAAGCGCGGCACGCUCUACAACCUGCACACCAAGGAGCCCAAGGAUAAGUCGGUCAGUACUACAGCAUGUCUUACGGUCGACAUCCUGGACCUGUCGAUGCCGGACAAGAACUCGAUGACGGAGGUGUGCUACGUGUGCGGCGACGAGUACAAGCGCGGCACGCUCUACAACCUGCACACCAAGGAGCCCAAGGAUAAGUCGGUCAGUACUACAGCAUGUCUUACGGUCGACAUCCUGGACCUGUCGAUGCCGGACAAGAACUCGAUGACGGAGGUGUGCUACGUGUGCGGCGACGAGUACAAGCGCGGCACGCUCUACAACCUGCACACCAAGGAGCCCAAGGAUAAGUCGGUCAGUACUACAGCAUGUCUUACGGUCGACAUCCUGGACCUGUCGAUGCCGGACAAGAACUCGAUGACGGAGGUGUGCUACGUGUGCGGCGACGAGUACAAGCGCGGCACGCUCUACAACCUGCACACCAAGGAGCCCAAGGAUAAGUCGACGAAGCAGCCGUACUUCCCUAUCUUCGGCGAGCAGCACCCGCGGCCGCCGCGCUCGCGGCCGAAGGACGCGCAGGGCACCGUGCGCGCCUGCGCCGCCUGCCACCACCACCUGCUGCACCAGUGGAACGCGUACCAGAUGCGCGGCGUGCCGUCCAACGAGCGCGUGUACACGCUGCGCACGCGGCCGCCGUCGCUGCUGCCGCCGUCGCCGCUGAGCCUGGCCAGCUCCGGCGACAAGUCCCUCGCGGCGCACACGUCGCCGUCGCUGGAGCGGCUGGAGCGGCUGGAGCGCCCGUCGAGCCAGCCGCCCGCGCCCGCCACCGCCACCUUCGUGUGCUACGUGUGCGGCGUCAGCGCGGCCAGCUCGCAGCUCCGGCUCGUCUACUGCUGCCCCAAUCCCGAACGGGAGCCUUAUUACCCGUUCAUUACCACGUUGAAGCCACAUAUCGACGCCAGCCCAAUUAGUCCACAGGGCAUGGUGCAGAUAUGCGCCGCGUGCUACAAGAGCAUCCCGCACAAGUACCCCGCGUACGGCGAGAACGGCGAACCCAACGCCCACCACAACAACUCACAUACCAACAAUAUUAGGUUUAAGCCAUACGAUAUAAAAUCAAGUUCGAGUCAGUCCAAGAGGCCGCCAAAUGCGCUAUCGAGCAGUCCUCACGGGCAGGCGGCGUCCGGCGAGAACGGCAUGGGACUGUACAGGUACAACUGCGCACCAUCGUCGCGGCUGGGGUGCUACGUGUGCGCGGGGCUGUUCCCGCAGCAGUCGAUGGAGUGGCUGUCGACGUCGGCGGAGUACAUGAACUCGCACGCGAUGCACUUCCCGUGCCUGGCGGGCGGCGGCGGCGGUGGUGCGGGCGGCGCGGGCGGCGCGGGCGCGGCGCGCGGCGGGCGCGUGCUGGCGUGCUCGCGCUGCGUGCGGCACCUGGCGCGCCAGUGGGAGCUCAUGGACGCCGAGCGCGUGCCGCUCGAGCACCGCAGAUAUAACAUUCCGUCGCCGCUGCCGUCCAACUCGUCGAUGAACGGCGAGCGCGUCAUCCCCACGCCGCCCUCCACCACCUCCGACAGGACCGUCGCCAGCAAUAGCGCGUGCACGUCGAUCUACUGCUUCCUGUGCGGGCUGCACUCCGACCUGACGCUGGCGCGCGUGCUGUACGGACAGCCGCAGGGCAACGCGCCCUACUUCCCCUGUCUGCUCACGCACCAGAGUCAUCCAAACGCAGAGCAGUUGCGUGAGAACGGCUCAGCUCUAGUCUGCACAUUCUGCUACCACUCAUUAUUAAGCCAAUGGAGGAGGUACGAGGCGGCGGGCGGCUGCCCGGCGGAGCGGCGGCUGUACAACACGCACGACUACCACUGCCACCUCUGCGGCAUCAAGACCUACCGCAAGCGCGUCCGCGCGCUGCCGCUCAAGGAAUUCCCAUUUUUAGUGCAAAGGCGGACUGAAAAUUCUUUACUAUUAGAGAACGGCGACUAUGCCGUCGUUUGUUUAGACUGCUAUGAGAGUUUAAGGACGCAGGCGCAGGACUACGAGCGGCGCGGCGUGCCCGUCGACAAGCGCGAGUACAACUGGCUGCAGCAGCCGCCGCCGCCCGAGGACAGCGCCGACGUCACCAUCGCCAGGCUGCCCUCCGGCGACCGCUCCGACAAGCUGAUCCCGCAGUCGCUGGUGCUGCAGCGCGGCUCGUCGAAGCGCAACAGCCCGAAGCAGCCCGCGCACGCGCCCGCGCCCGCGCCCGCGCUCGCCGACCGUCGCCUCGCCGCCGCCAAACUCGACAAGACUGGCGACCAAGGCGUGUCGGCGAGUAAGUUGGGCAAGCGGCCCGAACUGGCGCCCAACAAGGGCGGCCCGUUCGCGGCCGCGCUGCGCUCGCUCGCCAAGAACGCCGGGCCCGACGGCAAGGACGGAGCAGCGGGCGCGACCGGAGACCGCGAGCCGAGCAAGGACAAGCCGCAGCCGCCGCCCGCCAAGCGCGCCUCGCCACACCACCUGCCUGCCAGCGGAUUCCAGCCGUAUCGGCCUGAUGACAGACUGUCGCAUCCGGCGGCGGCGUCGUUCCCGCUACUGGAGCCCGCCGCGUACGCACCCUACGCGCACCCAAGCCUCUACUCAAGCGCAGCGCUACAGUACAGGUUGGCUGCUGAGGAGCAAAUGUACCUGGAGCGGGUGUUCCGCAGCGGCGUGGGCGUGGGCUGGCUGCCGCCGUAUGCGCUGUACCCGCCGCUAGCGCCGCCGCUGCCGCUCGUGCCGCACGCGCCGCACGCGCCGCACGCACCGCACGCGCCGCACGCGCCCCACGCGCCGCACGCGCUGCACGACGAGCGCGAGAAGGAGAUCGCGCUGCAGCGGGAGCGGGAGCGCGAGCGGGAGCGGGAGAGGGAACGGGAGAGAGAGCGGGAACGGGAGCGCGAACAACGCGAGAAAGAGCAGCGCGAGCGCGAGCGUGAGCGCGCGCAGCGGGAGAAGGAGUCCCGCGCGCGCGAGGCGAUGCGCGAGGAGCAGCGCGCGCUCGCCGCGCUGCACUCGCAUGCGCACGCGCACGCGCACCACGCGCACUCCGCGCACGCGGCGCACCUGCUGCCGCCGCCCGUGUACGCUCUGCCGCGCCCGCUGCUGCUGCCGCCGCCGCUCUACCGCCCCUACCGCUCCUACCCCGCGCCCUACGAGCCGCGCGCACACCCCACGCCGCCGCCGCCCGACGAGUCGAGUGAGAAAAAAGACAUGAGUUAA